GGGAGGGGAAGGGGGAGGGGAAGGGGGAUUGGGAGGGCAGAUUUGCGGGUUGUGUGUGAAAAGAUACUAAUAAAAAAUUAAGAAAAUCAUGGAUUCUCUCCUUCCUGCUUGCUCCUGACUGAUCAUCACCAGGGGAAAAAAAAAAAAAAAAAAGGGAAAAAAAAACCCUAAUGGUCGCAGCGAUGACGUCAUCAUUUUCCCGCCACGGAUUGUGCAGCGCAUCUCGCGCCAUGAUGUCUCGAUCUGGCGCCAUCUCGCGGAUUGGCGCCAAAUUGCUGACAGGGAGGAGGUCUCCGUCGUGCUGCUCUCAGAUCUCGGCUGAUUGUAUUAGGAGACCAGACACCAUCAUCAGAGGUAUCCCGGUCCCGAUCUCCGACGUGUGUCAUCCUCGACGUCAGAGAUCAUCAUCAUCAUCAUCAUCAUCAUCAUUAUUUGAUGACGGCUACCGAUCGGGAUCUCGAUCGCGAUCCCGAUCUUCGACCGGUCGUCACUGUCCCGAUCUCGUUACUGCUGCUGCUACUCAACAUGGCUGUUCGAAGCUGGAAAGGUCAUCCUCCUCUCGCUUGUCGAUGCAUUGCUCGGCUUUUCCCUCCAUUGUCGAUCAAUGUGGGAGAUCUGGAUCGAGAUCUCGAGCGAGAAUAUCCCGAUCCGGAUCGACGGUGAUGCGCACCACUGGCGGCGGCGCUGCAUCUUCGUCUUCUACUUCCUGUUCAGGAAAUCGGUGGUUUGGCCGACUUUUCCAAAUCGGGAAAGCUCUUGCGGUCAAUCACAGCACACAAUCUGGAAAGAUAGCAUCUUUGGAAAACAACAGCGCUGCUGAGGGAGAUAUCACGAGAACUGGUCCUGUUCCUGUUCCUGUUCCUGUUCCUGGUUCUGUUCCUGGUCCUGUUCUUGGUCCUGGUUCUGGUUCUGUUCCUGGUCCUGGUUCUGGUCCUGGUUCUGGUUUGACCGAUGGGAAGCGACUGGCCAAUGGAGUGACUAAUGAUGGGAAGAUUCUUGGUAGAUUCGUCUUGAGGACAGAGGACGGGACCGUGGCAUUGGCGAAGGCAUUGGCUGCUGUAGCACGCGUGGGAGACAUUGUGUGCCUGUACGGACCGGUCGGGGCGGGAAAAACAUCGUUCAGUCGCCAUUUCAUAAGAGCGGUUGCUGGCGAUGAAGAGCUGGUGGUCCCGUCUCCGACAUUUCUUUUGCAACAAAUUUAUGAAGACCAUGCAGGCCCCCCUGUUCAUCACUUUGACUUAUAUCGGUUAUCUUCGGCAUCAAAUUUCGACCGCCUUGGACUCAAACUCUCAUUUGCAAAUGCGGUGACGUUGAUUGAGUGGCCAGAGAGGAUGGGCAGUCGUAUUCCUGAAGAGCGGUUGGACCUCAGAAUAGGGUUGUUGGAAUUCUCUGAGACUACUUGCAGGCAACAAGAGUCCGCAGUAUUGAUCUCGCAGGAUGAACUGGCUGAUGAGUGCUCUGCCCUCCCAGAUGGUCCACAGCAGGAGGAAAGGGAAAGCGAUGGUUCCAAUGCUCUGGUACAGGAGUCCAGAGCAUCAUGCCGGGAGAUGGAAGCCAAGGCCUUCCAUAGUGAUAGGCAUAGCAAUAGCAAUGAGGAGGAACAUUCUACAGAGGAGAGUGAUGAUGAAUAUGAAGAUCGACAGCCGCGCGUGAUAACCUUCGUAGGUCAUGGAGAUCGCUGGGAAGGAGUGCAACUUUGCCUUGCACGAGACGAACCAUAAUAUGGUGACUUCGUUGACUGCUCUGUUCGUAGUGACAAAAUGGU